GUUUGAUUUACAUGCACACAGGUAGGAUCCAUCCAGCGCGUCACUGGAACCAGGUGCGUCAGGUAGACUUUCGUACCCGGAAGGAAAUAGACUAAAAACAAGCGACUCUUUACAGCCAACACAAAAGGAAGAGCGUUGAGUUAUCUGGCGAAUAGCAAGAUCCAGAAAAUAUGUGUUUGUGAAGGCAGAGUCAUGGGGAGCAACCUGCAGGAGCAGUUCAGCGACCAGUUCAACGAUGUGGUUUCCAGACUGCAGUCCAAGCAGUUGUUCCAGUCUGACUGGGACAUCGCCUCUUUUGCAAUCUUCUUCAUCUUCAUCGGUAUGGUUCUGCUGCUGGUCAUCCUGGUCCUCAUCCGCUGUUGCUGCUGCUGCUGCUGUGAUGAUGAGAAGCCUCGGAGACAGAAGGUCGGCAUAGAGAACAUGGCUCUGGAGCCCUGACAGCUGAACUGCACUGAUCCACGUACAGUGAAGGAUGAUGAAGCUAGACACAGAGCCUUAUAGUUUCACCCCUGUGCCAAAGCAGAAGUUUUAAUUUUACUUGUCUGUAAACAACACAUGCUCUUGUUCAAAAAUCACUGCUAUGGGGGCUUUAUUGCUAGGAUACCACAGAGCAGCUGGAAACACUGAGCGCCUCUGUAGAUUAGAAUGUCCCUUCUUCUUAUUUUGUUUGUUGAAAGCAUGUUAACAUUUCAAUGAGAUGGUUUUACUUGGUAAUAAAUAAAAAUAAAGUACUUAAAAUGUAA